AAAUACCAUUUCUUGUUGGACGAAAAACGCUUGAGGAAGACUUGGGUUAAUAAUUUAUCAUCUGAUGAAGAACAUUUAUCACACCAUGAAUUUGAUCGCCUGAGAAAUCAACAUUCCAAACCUAGAGUUGAGCUGUUAAAAUUACUGGCCGACAAUUACGAAUCGUUGUAUAAGUGUGUAGAAAUAUUUUCCAACGCCUUCAGUUUUGCUGUCCUUUGCAACCUGAUCUCCUGCAUGCUACAUAUAGUCAUCACUGGACAUUUCAUGAUUAUAGCUAUCAGAGAGUUUUCUAUAACUCUGCAGACUUACAGUCAGAUGAUGUGGAUUAUGAUGCAUAUAUUCAGACUACUUUUGGUAGUGGAAGCUUGUCACAAGGCGACCGUAGAGUCUAAGAAAACCAUACAGAUCGUUAGCGAAAUCAAGCGCAAUACUGUAGAGCAAUCGCUAUCAGCUGAGUUUCAAAAAUUUUGGAAAUAUUUACAUAUUUACGAUGUAAGAUUUUCGGUAUUGGGGAUAUGUGAUAUCAACAGAACGAUAUUGACAACGUUCAGCUCAGGAAUUGCUACAUAUCUCUUUAUUGUAUUACAAUUCGAAAAUAAUAAAGGCUAAAAGUUUGCAAAAAGCGUUGAAAUAUAAUCAUAUUUUGCUGCGCAUUCCUUUCACAAAAAUGUAUAAAAAUAUUAAAUGGUUAAAUUUCAAACUAAAUAAAAGAAUUGUAAUCAGGCUUACUAAAUAGAUGUAAAGCAAUUGUAA